AUGGCUACAAGAAAUCCUACAGAUUUCAAACGGUUCGUUUAUCGUUCAUCUGAUAAAAACAACAAAGCUUAUUUGGUACCAAAAAAUGAACCUAGAUCUCAUGUUUCAUCAAAAAGCUUAGAAUCACAGACAUCAUCAUCCACAAGAAUACUGCAAUCUUCUUCAAUAAUGAAAGUUUCACCAACACCACAAAAUACAUCGGCCGACAUGAAUACACCACGUACAGAAACAACAGCAGUACGACGUGUCAUUGUUGUACGUAAUACAAGUAAUCCUCAAGUUAAAGGAGGACCAGUUGAUUUAGGUAAUUUUGGACAACCUGAUUCACCGAGAAUUCCUCCAAUAGUUACUGAUGGACAUAAAUCAAUUUAUCUUAUGCGACGUUCCGUUGCACCAUCAAAACCAGUUGAUUAA